ACGCAGACAUGUGGAAGGUUCGGCAGGCGACGCCCAUACCCGAGGAGCUGUACAAUCUCACCCAGCUGGCGGAUGUGACACUGGCGGCCGGACCGCUCGGCGCACCAGCCAAAGCUGCGGCCUACUGCAAGCCAAUGGCCAGCAACAGCAGCAGCAACAACAACAACAUCAGCGGCAGCAGCAGCAGCAGCAUAUUCUAUGCCUCAUCCGACGAUGACUCCACCUACAACUCGUACAGCCACAAGGUGUUCGAUCGCAGGAAACUGCGUCGCUGCACCAUCUCCGACUCGAAUUCCUGCGCCAGCAUCACCAGCAACUGCAGCAGCAGCUGCCAGUCCGGCGAGCAGUCGCCCAACCAGGCCACGCCCUGCAGCAGCAACAGCAGCACCGGCAGCAAUUUGCUUGAGGAUGAGCACAUUUGCCCCGAGUGCGGCAAGAAGUAUUCCACAUCCUCCAAUCUGGCGCGCCAUAGACAAACCCACAGGUCAAUUAUGGACAAGAAGGCGCGACAUUGUCCCUACUGCGAAAAGGUGUACGUGUCGAUGCCGGCCUUCUCGAUGCACGUGCGCACCCACAACCAGGGCUGCGAGUGUCAGUAUUGCGGCAAGUGCUUUUCGCGGCCCUGGUUGCUGCAGGGCCACAUACGCACCCACACGGGCGAGAAGCCCUUCAAGUGCAGCGUCUGCAGCAAGGCUUUUGCGGACAAGUCGAAUCUGCGCGCACACAUACAAACCCAUUCGAACACGAAGCCGCACACCUGCGCCCGCUGCGGCAAGGCCUUUGCCCUCAAGUCGUAUCUGUACAAGCACGAGGAGUCCUCCUGCAUGAAGAAUCGCAGCGAGCCAGCGAAUCAGCCGCGUGCCGCCCAGCUGCUCUCCAUGUCCAAGCAGCAGCCGGAGCUGGAGCCGGCAGCAACAACAACCACGACAACGACAUCAAGCACAUCUCUGCCGGAUUCGGCCAAGUCAACGCUGGCGCACAAGCUGCUGCAGAAGGAGAAGGAACGCAGACAAGCCCAAGCCCAAGCGCAGGCCCAGGCACAGGCUGCCCUGGCCUAUGGCUAUCCGGCAGCUGCUGGACAUGCGGAUGCAUUUGCCGCCCAACUAGAGCACUACGAGAGCUACAAGCGCAAUGGCAUUCUGCAGCCGACAACCGUGCUGCAGCAUCCCGCAGCGCUGUAUCAGGAGCAGCUGCUGCCACUGCCGCUGCCGCUGCCGCUGCCCCGGGGUCUGACCUAUCAGCAUUAUGGACAUGCCGGGGCACAGUCAGCUGGCAGCGAGGCGGCGGCGUCGACGGCGGCGGGGGAUCAGGAGCAGCCCGUUGACUUUUCGCCCAAGAACAAUUUUACGCAUUCGGCCAAGACGAGUCCCUUCGAGCUGACCGGCAACUAUGCGAUGGUCGCCUAGACACGCCCAGCCGCCCAGCUGAUUGUAAAAAGACAAGCGAGAGAGAGAUUUACAGAAUUUUGA